AACAAAGAAACGGCAGUCAGAGGGACUGAAGGAGUUCAUUACUUCAUCACUUCACUAGUUCAUAGUCAACGCCUCAUCAGAAUUCCGAUUUCUUUGCCACCUAUAGAUUAGGCUUACUACUCCGCCGACCUUCCUCCGGCAAUGCUGUUGAAUUUCCCAUCGGCGGUUUCCUCACCGCCGCAAAAAUCGCUAUACACAUCGCCGGCGGCGACCCUCCGGCGUCAAAUUCCAUUCUCGCGGAGAAACUUGUCGACAUCAAACUCCGAAUUCUACGGGAAAAGCCACAUUCUCAACCACCGCGAGCUGGUGAAUUUCCCAGUAUUUCCGAAAAGGUUCAGUCCGGUCAAACCUUUGACCACCGUGAGAUCAUCGUUGUCGUCGCCGAUCAUAUCUCCGACCGAUUCAUGGGGCACCUGGACUGUUCUCUUCGCCGUCUCCGCUUUCGGUUUCUGGUCAGAGAAGACCAAAAUAGGGAGUGCCCUGAGUGGUCCUUUGGUUGCUACACUAGUUGGGCUUGCAGCGAGUAAUUUGGGGAUUAUUGCUUCUGAAGCGAAAGCAUAUUCAGUCGUCAUGGAGUUUCUGCUCCCGUUAGCUGUCCCGUUGCUGUUAUAUAGAGCAGAUAUACGCCGUGUGAUAAAAUCUACUGGAAAAUUGCUCUUGGCAUUCUUGAUUGGAUCAGUUGCAACCACUGUUGGAACAGUUGUGGCUUUCUUUUUGGUGCCAAUGCGAUCUCUUGGAGGAGAUGCAUGGAAGAUAGCUGCAGCUCUCAUGGGUAGACAUAUUGGCGGAGCUGUCAACUAUGUUGCGAUUGCGGAAGCUCUUGAGAUCUCUCCUUCAGUGCUAACCGCCGGACUUGCCGCAGAUAAUGUUCUGUGCGCAGUAUAUUUUGCCACACUGUUCGCAUUAGCUUCCAGAGUGCCACCAGAAGCCGAAGUAUCAACAGGUGAUGGCAUGGCGGACAUGAGUUCUGGUGAUGGUGACAAGCUCCCUAUUUUACAGUCUGCAACUGCUCUAGCAGUGUCAUUUCUAAUAUGCAAAGCUGGAAGUUUUAUUACCAAAUAUUACGGAAUUAAGGGUGGUAUGCUUCCUGCAAUAACGGCAAUCGUGGUUUGCUUGGCAACGGUUUUCCCGAAACAGUUUAGUCAGUUAGCGCCUUCUGGAGAAGUUAUGGCUAUGAUUUUGAUGCAGGUAUUCUUCACCGUUGUAGGGGCGAGUGGUAACAUUUGGAGCGUCAUCAGCACCGCACCAAGUGUAUUCUUGUUUUGCCUCGUCCAAAUUUCCGUCCACCUCGGUCUGAUUCUCGGAUUAGGUAAACUGUUUGGGUUUGACCUAAAGAUGUUGCUAAUAGCCUCAAACGCCAAUGUCGGGGGUCCCACAACAGCUUGCGGAAUGGCAACUGCGAAAGAGUGGCAUUCAAUGGUAGUUCCUGGUAUUCUUGCUGGUAUUUUUGGUAUCGCCAUUGCAACUUUCCUAGGUUACGGAUUUGGUACUAAGGUUCUUCAAUUCAUGUGAACAUAAUCACUUCCUCAUGGCGAGUUCUUUGGUACAGUAAUACAGUUUCAGACCGGGAUUUUGGCAGGAGAAAAAGCUGUGAAAUACUUCGUAUUACAUUAUUCUGUUCAAUGCAUGAAGUAUAAUGUCUGUAAUCUUACCUGUAAUUUAGCAUAGACCUAAAUGGCUAAAUUUGUCAAACUUUGUAACAAUGUAAUCUUAGUAAUUCUUUAUUAAGUUGGAUUACAGUUCUGAAAUAAGCUAUGCAAUUUUCUGACAAGUUGUCGAAUUUCUAACAAUGUAAUGUUGGUAAUUCUUUAUUAAGUUGGAUUAUAGUUCUGAAAUAA